UUGGUCGUUGCCAGGAGUAACACAGCUAUGAUUGGUGGAAUGUCCGCGUUGUUAUAGAAACAGAACGCUGGCCGCAAUCGCCCUUUAACUGCAGACCAGGCUGUGAGGGUAGGGCUCGUGAGCGCGCAGGGCACCAUGGCAGAGUGGGAGUCCGGGGUUGCCUCCACCAGAGACAAGGGCACAUAUGAGCUGCGCCUCAACAUCAGGAAGAGGAACGUUUUCGUCACCCAGUUAGGGGAAGCGAGAGAAGAAGAAGAGGAAAAUGUUACACAAUUUCCUGUCAUAAAAGAGGCUGCUAGCAAGAUUUUGGAGACCAGUAAAAACACAUUGCAGAGAACCCUUGUUUUGAAGAAAGAGGUUGCGUAUGACCAAGUCAGCCAGGAGCUGCUUGCUAAAAGACGGGAAUUUAGUGAUCGAAUGCACGCACUGGAUGUGAGGAAAGAGGAAUUUUCACAGAAGCAGAGUGAGUACACAGAAAAAGCUACCAAUUUUGAGAAAUUUCUGCAGGACAGCGAUGUUCGAAGAAGACGAGCUAUUCUCAAGUAUCAGACAGAGUCUAAGCAGAACGAAUUAAGAGACAUUGAAAUCAAUAAACUAGUAAAGCUACUGGAAGAGAAGAAAAUCAGGCAACAGAAACUUCACGAAAAAGUGAAAAAACUUAAACUCUUUGAAGAAUUCCUACUGAGAACUGUUGAUAUUGUACCUGAAAAUUACCUUGAAUAUGGAGUGGACUCUCCGGUCAAAGCAAUUAUAAGGCGCUAUGAAACUCUGUCCUUGACUAAUGAGAGCUUGGUGAACAAUCUGACUGUUCUUGCUGAUGAACAGGAGAACAAACAGCAUGAGCUGGAAAACCUGCAGCAGCAACAUGAUACAGUAAAGCUGAUGAUGACCAGUGAGCUUUCUCAGCUUCAUAUGGACUAUGAUAGAUUACUGGAGAAGAACAAACAGCUCGAGCUGAAGUUUAACCUGGACAAAGGUCAAUUUAGGAACCAGAGCGUUGAAUUUGCAAGUCUGUUGCUGUCCAUUACAAACCUUGCUGAACAGUGUCAUUUGAAACAUUUUGGGUCAAUAGAUGAAGCUGAAUUUUUACAGAAACUGGAAAUGAUUAAGGAAUUCAUACUGGAAAAAAGUCAGGUGGAAAGACUGGCAACACAGCUUUCAGAGGAAAGAACUUCCAUAUUUAAUCUUGAUGAUCAAACUCUAAAGCACAAACUGACUUCUAAGCAGCCAUUCAAAAUGAAAGUUUCAGCAGCACAAAAUAAUCAAGAAAACAAGUACAGCAAUAACCGCAGAGUAUCCAUUGUUGAUGCCAAAAUGUAAUGGAUUAUUUUGUAUAGAAGGAAACCCUUGAUAAUUAUCAGUGGCACUUACCAGUAUAGUUGUUUGUUGCAUGGGCUUCAUCUCCUGGAUUAGGACUUGUCGUGUCUCAAAUUUGAAAUGCCUAAUUUUGAAUUAUUUUAUAUAAUGGUUUUAUACUGUUAAGCAGGAAGGGAAUGCUUUUUUGUUAAGCCAUAUUUGAGUGCUUUAUUGUAAAGGGAUAAAAAAGAAUAUCAUAGGCCUACUUUGCAGUAGGUUUGUAAAUGCAGUCUUUUUCUAGAGACCUCACUUGAUUUAUACAAGCAGGCAAUACGGGUCAUUUACUUAAAGGGGUGGUCAUUUUAAUCAUAUUUGCAAGUUGGUUAAAUUAAAAAAACAACAAUUGUUUUCAAAAUAGCUAUGUAGUGCUGCUUAGAUCUUUAGUUCUCUCCUCUUGCCCAAGCCAAGGGGAUCGCCAUCCUCCUGGCUGUGUAAGAUCCUGUCAGGGUCGGACUAGGCUGAUGGGACACUGGGAAAAAACCCAUGUCUGCUCCUCCAAUCGACUUCCCCCUGAAGUAAGUAUUAUCGGCGCAUGAUAAGACACUGUGCAACGGCACACACAAGGGGGUUACUUUGGGAUUCAAAAGGGGGCCACCGGUGGCUGACAGGAGGGUCCUUGGUGUCACACCCCCGGUGCCCCCCCCAGUGCUCCAGUCUGACACUGGGUCCUGUCCACAUCAGAAUGAGGUUGCAAGCAGUGCAGUGAGAAGUGGAGGAAGUGUAGUCAUAGAUCAUUAAUGCACAUACUCCAUUCAUUUGUGUAUCUGUGAUCUGAUUGUCUGACGGAAUUCAGCCAACUUGAUCAAUGAAUAGCCUUAACGGCAAGUAACAGUCCAUGUGCAGUAACAUGUGUUGCCUGUGCCUCCCUCCAAUGUUAGUCCCCUGGCUGGCACAGAGAAUAGUCUUUGUGUAUUAUUACCUUUGCAGGUAGCUAUUAUGAAAACAACACUUUUUUUUAAUUAAAGAAAAUAAUGAUAUCUAUUUAUAUUUCCAAACUGUAAUAAUGUGAACCACCCCUUUAAAUACAGUGACCAACGUGCUAUUUUGGACACAACUUGCAAUGUUUGUACCCAGAAGGGCGUCUUUUUCCCAUAUUUCCAGUGUUAGUGCAGUGUUAAGUCUGCCACAAGUAUUUGUUAAUGUGGCUAAAAUGUUCAUGGGAAGGUGUCACUCCUGCUAUUCAGCAUUAAACACGGCAUUAGCCUGUGAUUCUCUGGGUGCAAGUCUGUUGCUUCUAUUGAUGUUGAAUUACCACCACGUUAAGGAUACCUUUAAUGAAUAUCAUCAAUCGAGAACAGCCUUGAUGUUUUGAUUUUACAUGAAACAAUUGUUUUUUUGUUCCAAAGCAAUAAAAGAUUUUCAUUUUUA